AUGAAAGGAAUGAACGGAAAAUUGGAAUGGGUACUUUGUAUUGGUAAAUUGGGUGCCGAAGAUUUAUAUCAAAAUAGUCGUGCAUGGUUGUUUGAUGAUAAGGGUCGAGAGCGACCAAACACCAUGUUCAUUGAAAAAGAAAUCGUGGAUUUAAGAAUGAUCAAACCCGAUCCUCGACCACAUAGACCCUUUUUAAUAUGGAAAAAGAACAAGCAACAGUAG